GUAUUCCCGUCUCUUUCCCUCCCUCCUCUCUGCGCCCUGCCCAGCAGUCAGCGACGGCGACGACGGCCGCUCUCCCUCGUCUCUUCUCUCCGACUCUCCCUCCAGCGGCUCAGGGGUAAGGGCAGGCCGCAGUUCCCCGUCGGCGCAGGCGCAGUGCGGGCCUGCGGGGUUCCCUAUCGGCGCGGCAACCACCACCGGGGCAGGGGACCGCUGCUCCCCGUCGGCGCAAGGCAAGGGGCGUCCACACCAUGGUGAUCCCCGUCGCCUUCUCCUCCUCCCUCGUGGUCCGGUCGGCUGUCGGCGCGUUGCUGGCGGCCCUCAUCGCAGCGCGCGCGGUCCGCCGCCGCUCCCUGGACGCCUCAGGCGGAAUCGCCGGCUUCGUCGUCAUGGCGGUCCACAUUGCCUGCGGCUACAGGUACGGCGCUCUGCUGCUGGCCUUCUUCUUGUCCUCGUCCAAGGUCACCAAGAUCGGGGAGGACCGCAAGCGCCGCGUCGAGGAGGACUUUAAGGAGGGCGGCCAGCGCAAUUGGAUCCAAGUACUAGCAAAUAGCAUAGUUGCCACUAUACUGGUUGUGAUAUUUGAAAUAAUGACUGGAGGGCAAGAUCAGUGCUUGGACUCAAAUGGUUCAAAGAUUAUAACUGGUAUUAUAGGUGGUAUUAUUGGCCAUUACUGUUGCUGCAAUGGGGAUACUUGGUCGUCCGAAAUUGGCGUGCUUAGUAACGAACAACCACGGCUUAUUACAACUCUGAAGCCUGUCAGGAAGGGUACAAAUGGUGGAGUGACCUUACAAGGACUUCUUGCUGCCACUGGAGGAGGCCUGAUCAUUGGUCUCACUUUCGUUAUCGUUGGACUGCUGACAGCUGAAUGUUCUUUUGAUAUGGCCCUCCGGCAGCUCCUAGUGCUACCCAUCUCUGUUGCGGCUGGUUUGCUUGGGAGUCUUAUUGAUUCAUUGCUGGGAGCUACACUUCAGUUCAGUGGAUACUGCAGUGUUCGGAAGAAGGUCGUCAGCAAAAGAGGUCCUACUGUUACAAAGAUUUCUGGGAUCACUGUCCUGGACAAUGAUGCUGUUAAUGCAGUAUCAAUCCUAAUAACAACUGCGCUUACAGCUUAUGCGUGCAUUUACAUCUUUUAAAAAUUAUUUGUGAAUUUUUUUUACUUGUUUCUGAUCCUCGGUCUCAUUUAUAAAUACAAAGGGUCACAGUAUGACAGUGACAGCCUAGUCACAUAGGGCUGCUUGACGGUAAAAUCUGCUCGACUUGAUGACUUCGAGCAAAAUUUGGGCUGAAUGCUAGUGCCAGUUGAAAGGCAUCGAUUUAUGUAAGCAUACACGUCUGUUUAUGCAUCAGAAUAAAAACUAGACUUGGGUAAUCUUGAACAUAGCAAUGUGUUGUGCCCUUUCCUUGCAUGGCACUGGAACAAUUUGCAACUGCUGUAUUAAUAGAAUUUUUGUGGCACACAGAUAUUGACAUAUACUUUAACCCACUAGAUUUUUUUUUA